GCCGCCAUCAGUGAAAGACAAAGACAGAGUUUACUGAAGGACAGUGAGAAGAUGAGUGAUCCAGAACCCUGCAGAAUUAAACAGGAAGAGACUGAAGAACUAAUAGAUGUGAUGGUGAAGGAGGAGAGAGAAGAUCUGAGUGAAGAUGAGGAGAAACAUCACGUCAAAAGUGAAACCAAAACUGAAUCAAAGACUGAACAUGGUGUUUCAAUGGAAAGAACGGACAUAAAAGGUUUGACCUGCACUCAGUGUGGAAAGAGUUUCAGCCUCAAAUGGUAUCUCAAGCGUCACAUGAGAAUCCACACUGGAGAGAGACCGUACAAGUGUUCACACUGCGACAAGAGAUUCAGUAAUUCAGGAUACCUGAAAACACACAAGCUGAUCCACACUGGAGAGAAAACACACACAUGUGAUCAGUGCAGCAAAACAUUUUUAAGGGCUUCAGGGCUGAAGAACCAUCUUAGAGUUCACACAAAUGAGAAGCCUUAUUCAUGUUCUGAGUGUGGAAAGAGUUUUAUUAGAACUGAAAACUUGAAACGGCACCAGAUGAUUCACACUGGAGAGAAACCUUACACAUGUUCACAAUGCGACAAGAGAUUCAGACUGGCUUGUACCCUUAAACAUCACAAAAUGAUCCACACUGGAGAGAAACCACACACAUGUGAUCAAUGCAGAAAAACAUUUUUGAGGUCUUCACAGCUGAAGAAACAUCUUAGAGUUCAUGCAAACGAGAGGCCUUAUCCAUGUUCUGAGUGUGGGAAGAGUUUUACACAGAAAUCACAUUUAAAAGACCAUCAGAAGAUCCACACUGGUGUGAGAGAGUUUGUCUGCUUUGAGUGUGGGAAGAGUUUUAUUAGAGCUGCACACUUGAAACUGCACCAGAUGAUCCACACUGGAGAGAAUACCCAUAUGUGUUCCUACUGCAGCAAAACAUUCAGAUAUUCAAGAUACCUGAAAGCACAUGAAAGGAUUCACACAGGAGAGAAACCAUUCACUUGUACUCAGUGUGGGAAGAGUUUCGUACGAUCAUCAACCAUUAAUAAACAUAUGCUGAGCCACACUGGAGAGAAAACAAACUAAUUAUAAAAGCAGAAUGUAAUCUCUCUCCCUGUAAACUCUACUCUGUAUUCACACACACCAGAUUUCUCAGUUAAACAGCCCCUGUUAUACAUUAUAAAAGGUCCUGUUUUGGUUUUGGGGUCUCCAACAACAGGCUGAUGUGAACGCAAGCUCAAAGAACACUGUUAUUGUCUUAUAGACCAUUUUGAGGGAUGUAAACAAAAACAUUGUUCCCAGCAUAUUUCCUGUUUUACAUUUUUAAUUUCGACAGCUUCCGAGAAUCCAAAAAGAGCCAAAUAUUGAUAAAUAUUGUUAUGGUAGCUGUUUUAACAUUAAGUUAUGAUUGAAUUGCCUCUUGUUACAGUUAUGAAAUAGUCUGAUAAUAAGCAGGAAAUGUUCACGGGUCAAUGACAUGGCCACAUUGUCAUGAUCUAUGAUAUGCAUUUAUUUUUACUUACUGAUCCCAAUAACUCCCAUGUGUUUUUUAUUAUCCAGCGAUUGGUCGAUGACCCAGUCUGUUGUGAUUGGUUGACUGUGUCCAACGCAAGACUGAUAGGUAAACACCCACUAUGGUUUAUCAAUACACUGGAGCA